CUAUGGACACUACCAAAGCAGAUUAAAUUUUUAGGUUAACAAUUUUCAAAAAUAAAUAAUGGCAUUUAUAAAUGUAUUUAUAAUAAUAUGUUUAUUGGUUGUAUCACAAUUUUUGUUAGGGAUUCUCGUUUUUCUAUCUGAUAAGAAAGAAAAUAAGUGUGAAAUGACAUAUAUGUUUGAAUAUCCUCAGUUUGUGAAAAUAAGUAUAUCACCAACUGUCGAUCAUUUAAAUGAACAGUAUGGGUUAUAUGCAUAUAGUGAAGGUAGGUUAACCGAAAGGGCCAGAAAUAUGUACUUUGAUGGUAUUCCAGUACUGUUUGUGCCUGGUAAUAAAGGAUCACACAAACAAGUACGUUCGUUUGCCUCAAUUGCAUUGCGUAAAGCCUUAAAUUCUAGACCAGGUUUCCAUUUUGAUUUUUUUACUGUAGACAUUAAUGAAGAAUUUAGUGCUUUAAACGGUGCGUUACUAUAUCAGCAAACUAAGUAUGUGAAGCAUUGCAUUAAGAGAAUUUUGGAGCUGUAUGAUGGUUCAUUAAAAAAUAAGCCUUCAUCCAUUAUUUUAAUUGGUCAUUCAAUGGGAGGUGUUAUAGCUGAAAGCAUAUUGAGUUCACUGCAAACAAAUAGCACUGUUUUACCGCUUGUGAUAACACUGGCAACAUAUCAUACAAGACCACCUCUCGCUUUUGAUUGGUACAUGAGUGAUUUUUAUAAGCAAAUUGAGCAAGGUGUUGAUUUAUCAAGAAAUACAACAUUAAUAAGUAUUGCAGGUGGUUUCAAUGAUUUACUUGUUCCCACUUAUUUGACCAAACCAAACCGACAUCAUUGUCUUCACACGGUGUCGACAUCUGUUCCAAAAGUAUGGUUGACCACAGAUCAUUUGUCCAUUUUGUGGUGUAAACAGUUAGUUUUAGCCAUAACAAGAGCUCUUUUUGAAAUUGUUAAUCGUAGAACUAAACAAAUAAUAGACGAUCCUGAGCAAAGAAUGACAAUAUUUCAUCACCAUUUAGUUCAAAACAGCGGCAUAAAAAUUAACCAUAGGGAUCGUUACGAUUUACCUGUUAGUACGAGAGCUGAGAAUGACGAGUGGAUUGAAAAAUUAGGCCGGCAAUACACCAUUAAUUUACCUCGAGGUACUAGACAUUUGCAUUGGUAUAUGAUACGAUUGUUAGACCAGCCUAAGCACGAAGCGCUGACGUUGAUAGCCGUUAAUUUGGAGGUGACCGAUUGGGUAUUUGCCUGUCCUGCUAUUUUUGUAAAAAAUCAGAGUAGAGUUUGUGAAGAAGGAAGGCAUUUGUCACAUUAUUCGGAAAUUUCUUCAACUGCUAACUAUAAGAGAAGAACGCUAAGGAUAAAUUUACAUGAAUUAAUGAAAACUUACACAAAAGCCACGCAUUUGGUAGUUAAAGUGCCACCAACAGAUGAUCCGGUUACAUUACACGUGGAUGUGUACAGUCCAGCCGAUCGUGCUUUAAACGUAACUUUACCAAAAUGGUGGUCGUAUCCCAAGCACGUGGUGUUAAAAGAAACUCCCGAAAACGCGGUGCAUUAUGAGCUUUUAUUUCCUCAAUUGACGCAUAUGGUUCAGUCUUACUUACUCUAUGUCGAGCCUGUCAAGUGUAAGAAUGCAGCACAUCAUGCCACAGCCAGUCUCAUUGUACCAUGGGCUUAUCAAGACGUUCACAGUUACAUUACGAAUACUGAAAGAGAUCCCUUACAACUACGACUUUACUCUUCAAAACCCCAUGGUGCAGUAAAUUUAACUGCAUUCGCUAGAUUAGUCUUGGAUCCUUCUUGCAAAUAUUCUGUAAGUAUUAAAUCGUCCUAUUUGGGAAUGCUGGGGCAGAUGAUCCGACUUUAUUCGCCUCUUUUAAUUGCAAACACCGCCGUAGUGAUCUUGCUGUCCAUACGAAGUCAGUUUCAUAGCAUUGCAUGUGUAGGACACUGCUCAUUAUUCUUUACAGCGAUUAAGGAGGGCGUUAAACCCUACUAUAUUUUGACAACGGUUAAGGUGGCGUCAAAAAUUUUGAGUUUAAAGGCGUUCACCGAAUAUCUACCCAACCCUGAUUGGCACAUAAUGGCUGAAGAUGGCUCGGAAUUAUUUCUAUUGCCUCUUCUACUAUACAUAUGUAGUGUGGGCAUUGUGUGGCUGUUAGCCAGUGUACUAGCAGUUUCGGUAUUAUUAUGUGAGUCUACCGUUCACAAAGUUGCCUUAAAGCUCUUAGCUAAAAACAUUGCGGGUACAUUAUACUUUUCUGAUUGGCUGAUGGCUGGACUUCACAAGAUACCGAGCAUCGUCGCUAUCGCUUUAAUCAUAAUUACGUUGAACACCUGCGGUGGUCUUUCAUUAUCUCUGGGAACGAUUUUCUACUUUUUAAAACUGACCCAAAUGUCUCAAGACUAUAUCGAAGAAAUCGUAAGUGGUUUUGUUAAAUCGUUAGCUCGAAGGUUAAAGCAUAGAUUUACAAGAAAGAAACUACCCACUUUGACUGAAAGUAACGGUGAGUUAAAACAGUCCGACAGUGUGGCUGAAGUUACGGAAAUGGAAACAUUGCCGAAAGCUAAUGACAACGAGACUGUUAAUAGCAAGAAUGGAGGUGACGCAGCAACCAGUGCGCAACAGAAAGAUAAUGUAGAAGACGAAGAAAGAGAUUUUGAAGCGGAAACCGAAAGUAAGGGUGACGGAAAUAAUGAUGAGCUUAACGAAAAACCUCAACCGUCGGUUGAUCAUGAAUAUGAUGACAGUGAAACUAACGCUACCAUGGGAAGUGACGCCGAACUUUUGAACGUGCAGUCCGAUUCCGUUCAUCUACUCGAAUUACCCAGGAAUGACGCGAUAUUCUUUCACUUUAGCCUAUUCCUGCUUUGGUGCAUGAUCACAUUUUUGACAUUCCCAUCUGUUUUAACGUGGGCUCAUAAUUUUAAGUACAGUAGUAAAUUAAAGCCCGAUCCGUCCUUUGUACCUGGAUUAGUACUUAGCAUUAGUGCUAUAUUUUUAUGGCAAAUGGAUUUGCCAAAAAUGAAAAAUCAAGGCUAUAAAGAACUGGGCUACGUCAUUUAUUUCCUUGCCGCCUUAAGUUUAAUUUAUGCCACGCUAAGUCUCUAUCGAUUGGUAUUGGUAUUGACUUUAGUUUUCGCAUUAAUAGUUUUACAUCAGUUGCUGGCACCUAAAUCAGCAGAAGGUAUCGUUAGGGGAAGCCCACAACAAGAAGACGAAAAGAUGACGGCUACCACGGAAACCGAUUAUGACAUAGUCAAGGCGAAAUGGGAGUGAUCAUUUAACUUUUAUUCAUUGAAUUUCAUUUCAUCAAAAGAAGAAACAACAGUUAAUAAGGUAAAGUUAAACUCGUAAAAAAAAAAAACAAAUGGCAAAUACCUUAGGAAAUUGAAUAAGGAUUUGGUAUGGACGUCGUCGAAAAA